AUGUUCUUAAGCAAAUUAUCUGCAUUUCCAAUUACACAAAAAGUUGCAGUGAUUUUAAUAUUUUUAGUAUUGAUGAUACAAUUUGGAGUAAUGUUAUAUUUUAGAUUUGCACCAUUUAUCAAAGAGAAUGAGAUAGUAGCAUCAUUUGAAAAGUCAGUAGGAAGUGUAACUGAUAUUGCGUCUACAUACUUAAAUGAUGAAAGUAGUAAAAUAACAAUUCCACCUAAAGCAAGAAUUCCACAUGGAAAUCCACGUUAUUAUCAAAUGGAGAGAGGAACAUGUUGGGAUUUUGCAUUAAUUGGAUUUUUAGAAGAUAAUUAUAGACAAAAUGGUAUUGCUAAAGGAUUUCUUGAAGAAAAUGAAUACGUUAGAUUUUCUACACAAGUAUUAGGUAUUCGAAUGGUAGAACAUUGUAAAGAACAUCCAGAUGUAUGUAAUACACCAGGAGAUUCAUUAUUACUUAAUUCAACAUCAGGAGGAGAAAUCAAUUGGUUUUAUUCAUUCCCAGGAUUAUAUAAUCAAAUUUUACCAGAUUCUGUUUGUCCUUAUACUCCUACUGAUGUAGAUGAAUUUGUUUGUAAUAAAAUGGAAGAAGCUACAAAAACAAAUCCAAUCAAAUUUAAUGUAACAAAAAUGAAUAUUGCUACUACUGUUGAUGAUGUUAAAAAAUUAUUUAUUCAAAAAGGAAAAAGAGCAUUAGCAUGGACAUCAUUAAUUCAUGAUGAUUUUGAAUAUUUCCCUUGUACUGAAUAUUCUGAUCUUUGUAAUUCAGGAUUAUAUGAAAUAAUUAAAUGUCCAAUUAAAUAUGGUAAUGAUAAUUGUGUUAAAAUUACAUUACCAAUGUAUACUCCUGAUGCAGAAUUUGAUAGACAUGAAGAAAUGCAAAUGGCAGGUGGACAUGGAAUGGUUAUGGUUGGAUAUAAUGAUGAAUUUGUUACUAAAGCAGGAUUUAAAGGAGGAUUUAUAUUAAAGAAUUCAUGGAAUGAUACAAUUUAUGGUAAUUAUCCAGGAUCAACUGGUAGAAAUGCACGUGGAAGUCAUUCAAUUGAAUAUUUUAUGGGAGAAAUAUCAUAUGAAGAAGAAUUAUUAAUUUGUCCUAAUGCACAAGAUCCAUUAAAUUGGGAUACUUGUUAUGGUAAUUGUUAUGAAAAUAAUACAGAAAAUGAAUAUUGGAUGUCAAUUAGUAAUAGACCAUAUGAAUUUAAAUGUGUUAAUGAAAAGAUUUGUUCAACUGAUCCAGUUUAUAGAUAUUUCAUGAAAUCAUUACUUCCAUCUCAAAAACAACCAAAUGGAAGAUAUUUUGAUAUUUGUAUGAUUCGAGUUAAUUCUCUUGAUAAUUCACAUAUUGAUUUAUGUUAUCAUGCUCUUCCAACUCAAGUUAUUGCAUUAUAUUAUACUCCAAUUGAUUCACAAUUACAAAAAUUAAAACCAAAUGAAGAUUAUUGUGGAUAUUAUUUCUUCCCUUAUGAUAUCGUUGAACAACAUCAAUCCUAUUUUGGUGGGUUUAAUUGCAUUUAUUAUGAUAUUGAUUGGGAUGAUUCUAGUUAUCUUAAAAAUAUGGUUGAUGGUUUUGAUUAUCAAUACGUUAAUAAAUCAACUGGAAAACAAAACUUUGAUGAAGUACAUUUUGUUGCCUCAGCACCAUUUAUUAAUCAACGCUAUUAA